AUUGAUAAUUCAGUUUGCUGUUAUGCAGAUUCAGCAGCCUAUUCUCUGCAGUACAAAAGCAACCAAUGAUGGGUGCGGUUACCUAUCCGACCGGCUGGCCCGGUCCGAUUACGAAAACAUUGGUUUUAAGAUGGAUAUGUAUUUUUUUGAUUCCUCCAAUGAUUUUUACUGGAAGUUGUUCAAAGCUCGGAGUUAUUGUUCUCAGGUUACAACGAUUAGAAAUGCGGCUUCUUUCACGCGCUUCAUAGUCACAAAAACAUUAACAAAACAGCAUUGCAGCGGUUUGAUUCUUAUAUCCAUGGGAAUUGUGUUGAAGAUGGUCCUUGAAAAUAAACUGACUCCUAGACGGUUUCCAAAGAUUCAAGAGCUUGUCUUCUCCGAUUUCUUUUCUUUCUUUUUUGUGAUUUCACUCAUAAAGGUUCAAAUUAGCAUUUUUUUUGGUAUUAUUGGAUUGCAAAAUCCAUAUGGUGUUUGGUUCUAGUGUGGCUCAAGCUUCCCUUUUCCGACUUCAGAUAGAACUCCACAACAGCUCAUCGGCAACGCUAUGGAUCAAAGGGAGUCAAAGGAAUGGAAAAAAUUAAUAGGGGUUGUGAUUAUGGUGGCGAUGUGGGAGACAUGGAAGAAUCGAAACGAGCAGACUUAAUAAUCAUCAUAUUCACUUCAUGAGAGAACGGCGGAGCUAAUCAAGAAAAAUUUGUUUCUUUGGAUCACAAGUAGAUCAAAGUUGUGUAAUGUUAAUUGGUCUUUGUUAGGGGUUAAACUUUAAUACUUAUGGAUCACUUAUCCUUAGACCCGCCUGGAUCACUGAUCCUUAAAGUCUGAUACAGGAAGUCUGGGGAUCACGGAUCCUUAUUAUUUUUAUAACUUAACUAACAGUUGUUCCUUGUAUAUUUUCGUGAUGGAAUGCAGGUCAUGGGCAAUGUGGACCGAGUCAUGGCGAGAAUAUCGAACUGGAAUCGUUGAAGAUGCUACACGUGUGGAAAUGGCUCAACGUUAACUUGGUUGGACGUGGUCUUACACAUAUUUCGAACUUGUUUGUUAUUUCUAUUUUAAAGGGUUUGAUCAAGUAUAGAUAACAACAACUGCUAUUAGCAGAAAACACACACUCUCUCUCGCGAACAUUAGCUCUCAAAGACACUUGCACUUUAGCAAACAUUGUACAACACUUGAUCAACUUCCGAAGUUGUAAACUCUUGUUAGUUUAAUAAAUUUGAUAGUGAUAGUUUUCACUAUCCGAGGUUUUUUGUG